CUGAACGCACCUUAAAGGCUUACACAUUGCGAAGAAUUCCCCUUUCAUCUCUCACUGUUCGAGUUUAUUCCUCUCUCAUCAUUCGAUCGUUUCUCUCUCUAGGGUUUUGGGGUUUCUCAAUAAACGGGAUCAUUCAACAUGCAGCUUACACUUGAAUUUGGCGGGGGUUUGGAGCUUCUUUGCGACUCCAAGAAGAUUCACAAUGUCAAUGUUGAAUUUGAGCAACAAAAUAAAGAAGACAAGUUAACCAUGAAAGGAUUGCUUUCUUGGGUGCGAACCAACUUGAUUAAGGAGAGGCCCGAAAUGUUCAUGAAAGGAGAUACUGUUCGGCCUGGAGUUCUCGUCCUUGUGAAUGAUUGUGAUUGGGAGCUAAGCGGUCAACUAAGUACUACACUGGAAGAGAAAGAUGUGGUGGUCUUUAUAUCAACCUUGCAUGGUGGUUAGCUUGUAGGUUAUCAAAUUUUUGAUGAAGUAAUAUAAUAAAAACAAUCGUUGGAGUCAUGGCGAACCUUGCUGAUUACAAUUUGGCUAUCAAAUUGCUGAAUCAACUUACAUAGCCUAGUAUGCUAUAUGCACUGAAUACUCUAGUUUCACAGAUAUCAUAUUUUGCUAUUAUACUUUGUCUUUUGGCAAAAGAUGUAAAAACAUGUAUUGUAUUAACAAAUUAACAUUUGCAUACUUUGCUUACUGCAUAUCAAUCUUUAGCUAUCCCCUUGUUACUUAAACACUGCUGCAAGGACUUAUCAACUUGUUCA